UGUGAUCAAAAAAAGGUUGUUUUUGUAAUAAAAUUGACUAAUAUUGACUAAUCAGUGUUAUACCAUUCUAUAUUUUGCUCAAAAGAUGUUAUUGUAGAGGAGCAAAACGUACUAGGCGAACUAGGAUGCGAGGAAACAUUUGGAGUAACUCAUCGAAAUAAAACGGACAUACCAACCAACAAGAGCGAAACAACCGAGACUAUCGCGGAUCUCCAACUUGACAUCGAAAGAAUAACAGAAGAACUUGAGGAAACAACAGGAGAGCUUAUCGAAGUUAAAAACGAAAAUGAAGAAUACAUUAAGGAACUAUCACAACUGAAGACGAAGAGACAAACAUCACAGGACCAGACAAACACCAAGACCACGGAAAGUCUAAACCGGGACAUUACUAAUUUGACAAGUGAUCUCGCAAAAUCGAAAGAUGAACUCGAAGAAGCUAAAAAGAAGAACGACAUAUUUGUGAAACAGAUAUCGCAACUACAGGCAGAUAAACAGACAUUACAGGAUCAGACAGACUCCAUCACCGACAUGAUCAAAGAAGAAAUGUCAUCCUCGACGGAGGGUCAAGAAUGGUGUAUUGUGUCGAAGGCUGAUGUACAGACAGAGAGUGAAACAUUACAAAACCAGAUAAAGUCGCUCUUAAGGAUUAAGGCACACUUGAUCAUCGACCAAUGAGGGUUUACAGCAGAAGAUCGACAAGUUGACAGAAGAACUCGACAAAACGAAGGACGACCUGGACAAAGCUCGAAAUGAAAUUGAAGGAUAUGACAGAGAUAUAUCUGAGCUACAGACUGAGAGACAGACAUUACAGGCUGCCCUAAGUAGGACCAACGAUGAGAUGACAUCCACAACAGAGAGAAUACAACAGGACAUCGAUAAGUUAAAAGAAGACCUCAAAGUGGAAAAGAACCGUGAACUGGAAGAAGUUCGAACUGAAAAUGAGGGAUAUGUAAGAGAGAUAUCCAAACUACAGACAGAGAGACAGACGUUAAAGGACAACCUCACCAGAACCAAUGAGGAGAUGUCAUCCACCACAGAGAGACUACAGCAGGACGUUGAUAGAUUAACAGAGGAACUCGAGGAAAAGAAGGGUGAGCUGAACAAUGUUCAAAAGAAAAACGAGAAAUAUGUAAGAGAUGUAUCCGAACUAAAGGCAGAAAGACAGACAUUACCGGACUCCCUAACCAGGACCAAGGAGGAGAUGUCAUCCACCUCAGAGAGACUACAGCAGGACAUCGAUAGGUUAACAGAGGAACUCGAGGAAAAGAGGAGUGACAUUGUCAAAGUUCGAAACGACAACGAGGGAUAUGUAAGAGAGAUAUCCGGACUACAGACAGAGAGACAGACAUUACAAGACGCCCUCACCAGGACCAAGGAGGAGAUGUCAUCCACCAGAAAGAGACUACAGCAGGACAUCGAUAGGUUAACAGGGGAACCCGAGAAAAAGAUGGGUGACCUCGACAUUGUUCGAACUGAAAACGAGGGAUAUGUCAGAGAUAUAUCCGAGCUACAGACAGAGAGACAGAUGUUACAGGACUCCCUCACCAGGACCAAGGAGGACAUGUCAUCCACCACAGAGAGACUACAACUGGACAUCGAUAGGUUGACAGGGGAACUCG